AUGCCUCUCCUGAUGCCGCAGGGCACUCCGUCAGCCACCGCCAUGCCGCCAGCAGCCGCAGCAAGCGCGGACCCGAGCUCUUCCGCCUCGACGUCGAUGACCGGCCUCGCCGACUCGGCGGCACCCGCGACGGCGGCACCAGACGCCCCAGGCGGCCUGCGAGGCCUCGUGCAGAGUGCUCUUGAUUCCAACCCCUACUUCUCCGCCGGCUUUGGCCUCAUGGCCCUCGGCGUCGGCGCCCAAGUUCUGCGACGAGGCGCCGUCCAGGCCGCCAACCUCGCCCAGCGCCGCCUCCUCGUCUCGCUCGAGAUCUCGUCAAAGGACCCGUCGUACCUGUGGUUCCUGCAGUGGAUGUCGGCUCAGUCGGCGCGUCAAGCCGCGCUCGCCAACCAGCCGCUGCGAGGGUUCGAGGGCCUCGCGAGCAGGGUCCGCAGCCACGAGCUCGCCGUCGAGACCAAGUACGAGCAGCGCAAGGACGGCAGCUCGACGGCCGAGUUCAGCCUCGUACCUGGCCCGGGCACGCACUACUUCCGCUACAAGAGCGCGUGGUUCCAGGUCAAGCGCGAGCGCGCCACCAACAUGCUCGACCUCAACUCGGGCACGCCCUGGGAGACGGUCCACCUCACGACCCUGUCGCGCGACCGCGACCUGUUCUCGAACCUGCUCGGCGAGGCGCGCGAGCUCGCGCAGCAGGCCGUCGUCGGGCGCACUGUCAUCUACACGGCGUGGGGCGCAGAGUGGAGGCCGUUCGGGCAGCCGAGGGAGAAGCGGCUGCUCGAGAGCGUCGUGCUCGACGAGGGCGUCAAGGAGCGGGUCGUCGAGGACGUGCAGGGCUUCAUGCGGCGGGGCAAGUGGUACUCGGAGCGAGGAAUCCCGUAUCGGCGCGGCUACCUCCUGUACGGCCCGCCAGGGUCGGGCAAGUCGUCGUUCAUCCAGGCGCUCGCCGGCUCGCUCGACUACAACAUCUGCGUCCUCAACCUCUCGGAGCGCGGCCUCACCGACGACAAGCUCAACCACCUCCUCGCCAACGCGCCCGAGCGCUGCUUCAUGCUCCUCGAGGACAUCGACGCCGCCUUCUCGUCCCGGUCACAGACGGGCGAGGCUGGGUUCAACAGCAACGUGACGUUCUCGGGCCUCCUGAAUGCGCUCGACGGCGUCGCCUCGUCGACCUCGCAGCGGCUCCUCUUCCUCACGACCAACCACCUCGAGAAGCUCGACGCCGCGCUCAUCCGGCCCGGGCGCGUCGACCUCAAGGAGCUCAUCGACGACGCCACGCCCCACCAGGCCUCGGAGCUCUUCACGCGCUUCUACCACGACGAGGACGGCCUCGACGAGGCGGCGUUCGCCGAGCUCAAGGCGGCCAUGGUGCGCGAGGUCGAGAGCGCGAUGCACGACGGCGUGCGCGUCAGCAUGGCGGCGCUCCAGGGCCACUUUAUCCGCAACAGCGCCCGGCAGGCCGUCGCCGAGUGGCCAGAGCUGCGCAGGAUGGCCGAGAUGGACAGGGCGCUGCGGGCGGUGGCUGGGGCGGAGCAGGAGAAGGUCCAUUUUGCGUCGAGCCCUUGA